AUGUCUUCCGACCUCAAACCUCUCCGCAUUGUCAUGGCCGGCGAUGACGCCGGCUACGACUACAAAAACACCCUCAAACAGCACCUCGAAAAGAGUCCCAUGGUCGAAUCCAUCGUCGACGUCGGCGUCACCUCCACCACUGACAAAACCCCCUACCCGCACCCAGCCGUCGAAGCCGCCAAACUGAUUGCAGAGGGUAAAGCUGAUCGGGGCCUCUUCAUCUGCGGCAUUCGCGCCGUAACUGCCCACGACCCCUUUUCCGUUGAGCGUUCCAUUCUCAGCAACGACGCCCAGGUUCUUUGCUUCGGGCAACGGGUUAUUGGUAUUGAAUUGGCUAAGAAGCUUGCUUCGGACUGGCUUACGUAUCGAUUUGAUCCUAAAAGCUCCUCUGCUGCGAAGGUGCAGGCUAUUUCCGAAUAUGAGCGGCAGCUCAAGGUCUAA